AUGAUGGGUGCAUUAUCAGAAAUAUAUUUAAUACUUUAAUAGGUUGAGCUCUGUAUUUAAAAAGGAUUAAUUCCAGAAGAUAAAAAUGGAAAGUAUUAUUAUGAUUAUAUUAAGUGCUUUUUCCAUAUGUUUCACUUUGGCUUUAAUUGAUGAUCAACUCUUACCUAAUAAUUUAAAUGCUAAAGCACUCUAAAUUAUUGGUCGAUCAAUAGAAAUGUGGUUCCAAUAAUCUCAACAAAAUACAUUAAAAAUUUUAUAAUCAUUAAUUACUAAAGAAAAAUUUCUAGAUGAAAGUUUGUAGUUUAAAGAAUUGAUGCAAUAAACAUAAACUAAGAGUAUAGAAGACUUUUGCUCUAUUUUAUUUAAAUCUUUAGAAGCUUUACAAUAAGUGGUUAAGUUUAAGAAUGAUAAUCUCUUCAAAAAAACAAUUAAUAGCAAAAUGGAACAUAUACUCUAUACUGCUAUAUUAAUGUAUUUGGAAUAGAUGGAAUAAAAUCUUGAACAAAAAACAAAAUUAAUAUCCUAUUGGUUUCCUGCAGUUAUUAAAAAUAAAUAAAGCAUACCUCUUGAUUAAAAAUAAUUAGCCUAAUAAUAAAUUCAUCUUGUUAUAGAAAUGAUGAUGAGAAUUUGUAAUCUUAAUUUUCUGUAAUAAUAAUUUUAGCAUCUAAAGGAUUAAUUAAAACUUGAAGCUUUAGAUCAUCUUACAAGUGAUUUCAAUACUAAAGGUAAAGUAAUUUGCAAAAGUAUUUCAAAAAUUCUUAUAAAUGAAAUUAUAUCUCCUAAUUUAUUUACCCCUCUUCAUUAAGAUUUAAAAUCAAUGACUGAUGCAAAAAGUUAUUAGUAAAAGUCAGAAUGGUCUAUGCUUCAAUAAUUGGAUGAAAUAAAAGAUUUUUUUUUAAUAUUCAAUUAGAAGCUACCAGUUAAUUACCAUUCUAUAUUUUAUGAUUCUUUUAUUGCUUCAUUUUUUGAAGGUACUUAAAUAAUUAUAAAACUAGGAUUAUUUUAUUCUAUUUUUGAUAUUAACAAACUAUAAAACAUAAGUUAAGAUUUAUAUUUUGAACUACUUACUUUAGAAUUUCAGACAUUAUAAAGUUUUUUAGAAAAAUAAAUAUCUAGUAAUGUCUUACAAAUGAGGAUUAAACAAUAAUUAGCUGAAAUAAAAGAUAUAUCUAUAUGGUUUAGUAUGUAAAAUAAGGAUUUAAUUGCAACAUUUGAAUAAUAUCAUUUGCGAUAAGAUAAUAAAAAAAUUUGUUCUGCUCUUUAUAGAUUAAUAUUGUUACGUAAAUAGGAUUCAAAAAUGAAAGAUUUUGCAAAAAAAUAUUAAAAAAUAUAUGAAUGA